AUGUCUCUUAAGGAAGACACUCUCAACAGACAUCUUCAAGACAGUAAAACCAGCUCCCACAUGACUUCAGAAGUAAAGGAAAACGUUAAAAGGACUACAAAACCUUCCGUCGAAGAAGUAUGUGAAAGACUAGUCGAAGUUGCACUUGCAGGCAAUGCUAGUAUGAAAAAGGAUAAAGACAAUGUGAACAAAAACAAAAGUGAUGAUAUUAUAAUCUCCGAUAAACCUGCACUUUCAGCCCAAACCGCGAAUAUUUUACGUCUAGGACCAUCUAGAAGCACAAAUACUAAUAGCAAUAACAACGUAGUAAAUACACGAUAUGGCGGUGAUGCUACCACUGAUGUUUAUUCUGGAUUUGAGCAUUCGAAUGCAACUACAACAGCCAGAAGUUCCAACUCACUAUUUGGAUCCGAAAUUUCUUAUAGCGAUUAUUUUUACGAUAACCAGAAUGCGAAAGUGAAGAUUGAAAAUUAUGACAUCACAAAACCAAAGAUCAACGAAAGACAAGUAUCUCAAAACAACAAUAUUGCUACGAGCUCUUCAAUUGUUAAUCCUUAUGAUCGUUAUUUCUCAUUUCGGUCAAACGAAUUAAAUCAAUCGUCAUCGAAAGUGGUGCACUCCACACCUGUUAAUCCUUCUACAUAUCGCGUCCCGACUCAACCCCAAAAUGUGAUUAAAAAGCCGACCUCAAUCUGCUGUUUAUGCGACAACGGAAACGUUCGCUUGAUUCCCUGUGAACAUAGGAUGUGCGAAUCUUGUGUCCACAUAUUGCGUUCGAACACUGUCAAAAGUUCUUCAAAGACUCAUUCCGAAUGCCCGAUUUGUGAAGCGACAAUCACGGAAUUCAAAAAAUUAUCUCAAAGUGAUUCAAGAAUGAGCAAGAUUAAUCGGACACCAUCUAAAUCAGAAGAAUUGCAAAACGUAUACAAACAACAACAGCAACAAGAUACUUCGCGACGGACAGUACAACAACAAGAAUCAAAUUCUAAUCACCCGGAAUCCAAUAAUAAUUCUUAUCCAACACCUCCGAAUUCAGAUGAAAAAACUCAAACUGUAUUAAAUCGCCUUGAAGAAGAUACAACGCGCCCGAUUUCUUGGGCUUUUCCUGGCUAUACACCGCCGCUUAUUCCUCGUUCUAAUCAAACAUUAGUGAAUAAUAGGCCGCAACAAAUCGCAUUUAUGGAAUUAAGCAAAUCUGCAACGCCUUUCAAUUGGCCAGUUGUGAAAAUUAACAAUAUACCCUGGGAUGUUUCAGCAAAGGACAUCAAGAACUUUUUCUCAGCAUUCCAAUUGCCCGAUCCUUCGAAAUAUGCACAGUCCAUUCACAUAAUAAUGGAUCGGAAUACCGGAAAAACUUUAUCUGAAGCCUUUGUCGAGUUUGUCACGUCUGCUGAUACUGAUCGAGCAGUAGAUAUGCGCAAUAUGAAACCUAUGAAAGGACGGCUUAUUUCGUGCACGCGAUCUUCUCAAGAAGAAUUAAUGAAAGCUGUUUUCCCGAAAUGGAAAGGAAGCUUUUACGGAUGUAAUGCAGUGGUCACUGCCGAGGUGAGGGAAAAGGGAGCAAACAAGCCUGUGUCGACUAUUCCUUUCGUCACGAGAGAAGAGAUGAAUUCUUUAUUAGUGGUUUGUCGAAAUUAUAAGCUUCAUUUCUCCCGUAAAUGCGCAGAGCGUCCAUUCGAAAAUAUUAUAAGCGUUCUAGUGAAGUUCCCUUUUCAUCAAAGUGAUCUUUACACUACUCUACAGCGCGAUCUUUUGUUUGAAAUGCUAAAACUCGCGAUAGAAUCGCUCAAGAUUCAUUUAAGUAAGGAGUACCAUCGAAUCGAAGAAACAUUGCUCGAGCGUAUGUUACGUGCCGGAAUCCUAACACCCGUCUUUACUGAACGACAAAAAUUGAUGAUUGUUCAAGUAACUGGAUUAGAAAUUCCUACAGACCUUCAUGAUCGUUUGACUCCUCUUAGGAAAGAAGACGAAGAAAAAGAAGCGCAGAUUCCUGACAAUACAUUAGAAAACGUGAAUUCGUCAUCAACGACUUUUAUGCCUUCGAGUAAUAAAAUUUUUCAAUCAUCUCCGAAAUACAAAUCACCUCCACGUGAAUACAUCCCGAAAUAUAAUGGAGUGUUUGAUCCUUUCCGAGAUGAUCACGAGAUUAAACCAACACUUUAUAGAGAUGCACCACAAUCGUCAAGCACUUCAUCUGCACCUUCUUUCAAUUCUUACUUGCUUCCAAAUCCUCAAUCACCAUCAUCUUUUCUGUACGGAGCCUUUCAACCAUUCUAUCCAGGAACUGACUUUCUAAAUCGUUCUAAACAAAUAUGGGGUUGGCCGAAACAAGUCAAUAUGUCAUCAUCAUCAACAACGGAAAGAACCACCACUUCAUCUCUGCAACAAUUAAAUCGAGAUCAAAGCCUUUAUUUCGAUACUGGAAAUAACCCCUUCUUUGUUAAAGAUUUCGAUGGAUAUUCACAGGAGAGAUAA